AUGAAAAAAAGUUUACAUUUAAUAGGAAGAAAAGUUAACUUACACGAUCAGAUGUAUUAUAUGGAAGUUGAAGACUUUGAUGGAGACUUUGAUGAAGUUGGAGAUAAUGGAAUAAAAGAGAUUGGAGAUGAAAGUAUAGAACUUCCACUAAUACUAACUGGACGUUCACGUCGCGUUGGAGAAUCUAGUAC